UCAUCCAUAAUCCUCUCCUCUUCAUAUUUACAAGUUCAUUUCUCCGCUUGGAAAAGUAAAAAAAAAGUUGAAAAGUUGAUGGGAAACUCGUGUUGUAGAGGUGAAGCCUCAUCGAUGGUGUUUCCACACAUUCAUUCCACGGAAAGGGAGAGCUUAUUGGGUAAUAUUGAUGAUGAGCAGCAUGCACAUAGAGAAGUCAAGAUCAAGAUCACUAAGGAGAAGCUCGAGGAACUGCUGGGUAAAUCUGAGUUGCAAGGCAUGUCUGUGGAGCAAGUGCUGUCGGGUUUGAUAAGUGCCAGUGCUGAUCAUCAUCACUAUUAUUAUACUAAUGAUUCUCUCCAUGAUCAUGUUGAUUUGUUUCAUCAUCGUUCGUGGAAGCCUGCACUUCAAACUAUCCCCGAGGUUAAUUAAGUUUGGUCCAGAUCAUGAGUUGUAUAACUAGGCGGCUACAUCUAAUCUUUAAACAUUUUGUGGUUCAAUUUAUUUGUAUACUCGUUAAGUACCAAUCCAAAAUAGCUGGGGAAAUUAGCUCGUAUUUGCAGACUGCAGGUCCGUUCAUGUUGUGAAUCUGAUGUUAGCUAAUUCAUAGUUGACAUACUCUGUACAUAGUACA